CGGCGUUACGCUUCAUAAAUGUUUCGCAUACAUCGUGGAAGUUCCUUUAGACAUUUGUUAUUAGAUCUAAAUAUUCCAAGAAUAACCAAACUAGAUCUAAAAAGCAUCGAGUAUAGGAUUUGCAGGGCAUUUUCUACAACAUCUUUUACCAGAUCUAGAUCUAUUAGUACUAUGAACUCAUUGGAUGAAGUUGUGUCUAAAUUGAAAAGACUUGCGCCUCUUUCAUUAGCAGGGAGCUGGGAUAAUGUAGGACUUCUAGUGGAACCAUGCCCUCCUAAAUAUGUUAGUAAAGUUAUGCUGACCAUUGACUUAACAUCAAGUGUCCUAGAAGAAGCCAAAGAUAAAACUGUAGACUUAAUUAUUGCUUAUCACCCUCCCAUAUUUGCUCCCCUGAAAUGUUUGACACAGUCGUCAUGGAAACAAAAGGCUGUGCUAGAGUGUAUUGAGAACAGAAUUGCAGUGUUUUCACCUCACACGACCUAUGAUGCAAUUCAAGGAGGGAUAAAUGAUUGGCUUUUGUCAGCAUUUGAUGUAAAGAAAGACACAGUCAGACCAGUAGAGGCAUUAGAAGAAUUCCCAGGAGGCUUCUCUCAUGUUUUAGAAUUCGACCUUGAUCCUACAAACUUUAAAGAAAUUAGAGAUCAUCUGCUGUCUUGGCUGCCAUCUGAUUCAAGAAUCAGUAAAAACAAGGAGGCCAUACACGUGUUUCCAGUCAAAAUUGGAUCAAUGUCUAGCAGUGACCACUGGAGACUCAGUGUAGAGUGUAACCAAUCAGAACUGAACCUGAUGGUUUCUGGAUUGACCCAGUAUGGUCAUUAUGAACAUAUACGAGUAAAGCAAUUAGAUAAGUUACCUUUGGCAACUACUGGCAUGGGCAGGCAAGCCGAGUUGGCAAGUCCUGUCACUCUUAAUCAAGCUAUCACUAAAGUGAAAAAUCAUUUGGGAUUACAGUAUGUCAGUGUAGCUACAGCUCAAGGAGAAAGUGAAAUCCAGUCAGUGGCUGUGUGUGCUGGAUCUGGAUCAAGUGUUCUCAAAUCUGUCAGAUGUGACCUUCUCGUGACUGGUGAGAUGUCCCACCAUGAGGUCCUGGAUGCUGUACACCGAGGAUGCAAUGUGAUUCUCUGUCACCAUAGCAACACAGAGCGAGGCUAUCUGAAAGUGCUCCAAGAAAAGCUGGCCGCAGUUUUCAAUUCUGCCGUUUAUGUUUUCAUUUCAGAAAUGGACAGAGAUCCACUUGUAGUGGUUUAACUUUUAGAAUGUUGAAAUGUUUAUUUCGUACAUUGCAGGAUUAAAAAAACAUAACUGUAUGUGUAUCAUGUAAGUGCCUUAAAAUAACUUAAAGUAUGUAAAGAACGUGCAAGCUGCCAUUCAGGAUCUGAGUUUCUCAUCUACUAUUAUGCCAUCUCAUCUUUCUGAUAUUUUUAAGCCGCUUCAUUACUAACUUGUAGGUGAUCACUAACUGGCUUUACUAUAUGAUCUGUUAUCAUUAUCUGCUUGAGAGUGGCUGUAGCCAACAUUAUGUCUUUCAGUUAGUUUGUAGAAAUAUGUCAAUCUUGAGUCAUUGUGCACUAGUGCACUUCUUAUGUUUUUCAAGAUACUUAUUAUGUGCCUAAUAUUGUUUUAUAAACUAAUGUCAUUUUCAUUUUUUGUUGGCUUGUCCAGCACUUGGCUCCAGACCUGAUUUGGUUCAUUUAAAGCUUAUCUGUGCAUAAUUAAUAUAUUUAUGACUUUUUCUAAAUGCUUGUUUUGUUGAAUUGGAGAAAAGAUUGAAUGAAAUGUAGUGACACUGUGGAGAUAGAAAUCACUUUAUGAACAAGUAUCUUUGUUCUCCAUAUUUUGUGGGAAUAUUUAAACAUAAGCUAGUUGAGUUCCCCUUUCAGACAUUUGAUCAAUAGGGCACAUCUGUUUCUGUGGCCCAGUGUUAACGAGGGUGUCAUGUGGCCAGCACAACCAACCAACCGCCUUUACUUUUCUCCAACUUAUGUCAGGUAUCCUUUAGAGUUGGAUAAACUCAGAAGCGCCCUAAAGAUCCCAAAAUUUAAAAUCCCAGUCUUCACCAGGAUUUGAACCUGGGACCCCUUGGUUCAGAAGCAAAAGGCUUUACCACUCAGCCACCUUACCUCUAUAAAUAUUAUAACUAUUCAAUUAAGUACUGGUUGUCACUUGUAACAUGAAACUAAUGGCUCCAAAGUCGCUGGUAAACUACAAUAACCAUACCUAUUGUAGAUUGGAUCAAAAUAUUUCAAAUAAAAACACACUGGGUUCAUGUUCAAAGCUCUGGGGAGUUCGGCUUGAAAAAAAAAAACAACUGUUUGACAAGCAUAGAAGUUGUAGAAGGAUAGGGAUGACAUUAUUAAAAUAAAAAAAGAAUGUGGAUCAUUUGAGUUUGAAAUUCAGUUUAAUGAGUUCAAUGUGGUUUCAACUUUACAACGUUUAUGUCAUACCGUACAGGCUUGACUGUUUAGAUCAUGUGACUUGAGGUAACUCAUUUUAUUAUUUAGUUUGUGUAGUGUGCUUAAAAUAUUUAAGUUCAAGUUAAUAUUUUGAUGCUUGAAUUGUUGUGUGGAUCCUUUGGAAUCUGAAAGUUCCUUAUCGCAUCAUCCCCCAAUCAAUGUGGGAAGCGUGGUCGAGAGGCUAAGUACACUUGAACUUGGCUUGUCUUGGCUACCUAUGAAAGGGCUCAAGGUUUGAUACCUGACUCAAGCAGAGUUGUGUUUACUGAGCGCCUAAAGGCAGCACGAAAAAACCUAUCAGAUACCCCCUACCCCACUGGUCCACAAAUGAGAUUGGACCAUAGCUCUCUGAGCAUUCUAUAAGCAUGAAAGUAGCGCUGUAUAAAAGCCAUAAUACAUAAUGUGACACGGAUCAUUGAAUGAGGCUAAAUGUUACUGACCUGAAUAUAUUUAUUUUAUGUUUUAAGUUUUUUUUUUUAUUAAAUCAGUAAAAAAAAAAAAAGGUACCACACAACUAUUGCCCUAAUUUAUUUUAUUUUAUGCAGAUUUCUUUAAGCUUUUUUAUAUUAAAUCAGGAAAGUUGGUACCACACCUGCACUUAACAAUUAUGAUAUUGAAUAUCCCAUUGUACUAGUUAAGACCUCAUAAUUACGUGAAUGUACCUAUCAAAUGGCAUAAUGUACUAUUUGUAUCAUUUUUCAAUCUUCUUUUAUUUUCAAUAAACUGCUGGUCUUUAAAAAAAAUAUUGAAAUUUUAGAAAAAAACAUUUAAUGACUUUUCUUCUAACUGAUCUUGAUUUAUUUGUUGGUUAGGAAAUGUGUGAAAAUAUCAUGUUACUUUGGUUGUUUUCUGUAUCUGAGAUCAACAAAUAAAAGAAAUACGUUUUCUAUAUUAA